AUUUUAGCAGCACUUUUUAUCAACAUGGAGUCAAAACUUGCUGCCUACCGUGCUAGAAAAGCUAAAGAAGAGCUAGCACAGAAGUCACUGUACAAUCAAUUAAAAAGAAGAAUAACUAAAUUAAUGACUGUUAGCACUGUACGUAAUAAUUCACCAUUAGUUAAAUCGUAAAUUGACCCUAAUUUUAUCUUUCUGUUGUCCAUCUUCGUUUGCUGUUGAAGCUGAAGACUUAUCUUAAAUUUACUUCCAUAAUAUUAUUAAGUUAAGUAGUUAAGUCAGUCAAAGUUAUAUAUAUUUAUAAUAUAUACGUAUAAUAUAUUAUAUAUUACUUCUUCUUACUUACUGAACUGAUUCAAAGUAAAUCAAUCUUAGUCUUUAGUUGAAACGUCAGUGUUAUUUAGUUUUGUCGUGACUUUUGUCUUUGUGAUCUUUCAAAUUUUCCUAAGCCUAAGCCCUAAGCCCUUUGGCCUUUGUAUUUUAUCAACCUGGAUACUGAAUAAAGUUCUUUCCAAUGAGGCCCAAUGUAGCCAAUGUUGGCUUGACAUUUGGCUCUCCACACAGGGAUGAGUGAGUUCCCGUUGUUUAUUCUUGGAUUGUUACAAGAGUUUACUUUUCUUUUUUUUUAUUAUUAAUACCCUGUUGGAAUGAUGUACGUGAUGACGUGAAUAUUUCAUUGGGUGAUUAAUUAUAAUUUAUAAGAAAAUGAGAUAUAAAAUUAUAAAUGGAGGCUAAAUUUUAUAGUACUAUUAGCGCACAUGUGUAAGACGAAGGAAGGGAGUGACUGCAUUUCCUUGUCACUUCUUGCCACAUAUCUAGAGGGAUACAAUAAAUUUGCUACAUUCACCACAAAAUGGUGGAACUUGGAAUAAAGUGUGUAAAUGUGUAUUCUAUGAAACUUUAAGUUGGGUUUUCAUUAUUUUAAAGUGUUUUAGUUGAGGGAAGAGAGAGGCUGCAGGUUGUUGACACUUCUUGCAGUAAAACUAGAGGGAUACAAUAAAGUUACUAUGUUCACCAUGUAAUGAAUGUACUGGUUGAGAUUACACCAGGAAAGGGGGUGACCAUUAAAUUUUAACGUUUUUUUCCUAUUUUUGUUUCUCUCUGUAAGUAGCUAAACAGCACAUUCUCUCUCUUUCACCUCUCCAUUUUAGCAGAUGUGUGUUUGCAUUCCUUUUUUUUAAUUUUACAAGGCAACCAUUGACAUGUACUGUCAUGGUAACCAAGAUGGGUGCUGUUGUAGAAUAGGGGGAAACGUCAAGCGUACAAUUAACAAUUUCUUCCAUGUAACAUAGUAACACAGUCUUCUUACUACUAGUCUAGGAUUACACUACAACUACACUAAGUCUACAUGAAAUUAUUCAUGAAUGUCAUUAACUUCAUACUGUUCUAUAUUACUAAUUACAUAAUUACAAUUUAUUGUGCUGUAGAAGCAUAAUACAUUAAAAAGCAGUAGGACUAGGAAGAUGGUGUGGAGGGAGCUGAACACAUAACAUAGUAACAUAUUAGUGUCUUAAGCGUUAUAUCGACUUUUUGGUGUUGUGUGGCUCUAGACCAGCGGUUCUCAACCUGUGGGUCGCAGAACCCUUUCCCAGGGGUCGCCUAAGACCAUCUGAAAACACCUAUACUUACAGCUAUGAAGAAAAACGAAAAUACUUGUGUGGCUGGGGGUCGCCACGACAUGAAACACUGUAUUAAAGGGUCACGGAAUUAGGAAGGUUGAGAACCACUGCACUAGACAAUGAUCUCAACUUUUCUCGAUACCAGUCGCCCACAAUUUUUUACAUUUGUGACUGAAUAUUUGUCAUCAGAAGAAGAAAUUGCUUACAUUGCUUGUGAAGAUGAAACUUCUGUUGGAGAAAAGAAAGAAAAUACAGUGAUUUUGAGAAUUUCUUGCCUUUUAACGGGGGAAAACUUCACUAUUGAAGGUAAUAGUUUUUUCUUUGUUACAAAGUUUUUCAACUGAUCAUGAUUUUCACAAAUUAAAUUGCUUUCACUACAUUUAUGCUUAAAUAUGGCAGCAGUGGAAUAUGAAAUGUGUUUUAGAAAAUAUAUUUGUAUUCCUUUUUUUAUGAAUUAGUUAUUUUAUUAUUAAUUUUUUUUUCCCAAGCCCAUAACAACUUACACUUCCCUUUGUUUCUGUUGGCAAGGCUACAAAGUGGCAUCCAUUGUUAUUAUAUUUUAUUUGAUCAUAAGCUUAUAAUUUGUCUAGAUUAGUUGUAAAAUUCAAUAAUGUGUUAGAAUUAAUUGUGUUCAAUUAUAUAUAGAUACACUUUUUUCAAGACUAUAUCAUAUCUAAAAUGUAUACAUUUAUUUUUAUUUCACAGUUAUGAUGAUUUAGAACCACCAAAGCCUAUUUCUGCCUUAAGGCCUGGAGGACCAGCUGGUGCCCGUUUUCCUGAAUUACUAGCCAGAGAUGAGAGGAAGAAAUAUCUGACUCCUUUUUUCAAUUUUCAAGUUGCUCUCUACAGCCACAUUGAUGGAGGCACUCUGCAAAUAUGCUGAUGAGAAAGCAGCUGCCAUGGGACCCACUAAAUCUACAAUGUUUAGAAACUGCAAAGAUCUUGUUAAUCAAGAACUAUUAACAUUCAUGGGCCUACUAAGGUACAUGGGACUUGUGCCAGCCCCAAAUGUACAAAGUCAUUGAAGUAAGAAAUCAUUAUGCAAGGAUUAUGAGCCAGAAAAUUCAUGACACUGUUCGGGUUUCAACGGAUUGUAUGUUUUCUAAAAGUUUCAAACAGACAUACUGAGGUUACCAAUGAUAAACUCAGUAAAGUGAAAUUUUUGUUUGACUUUUUUAGAUGGAAGGGUAUGAAACUAUAUCAUCAAGAGCAUAAAAUUUCAAAUUAUUAAAAAUUGGUAAGGAUUGAGGGACACUCAUAUUAAUGAGAGAUAAAUCAACUAAGUGGGAAAUGAAAUUUUGGGUUCUUGCAGAUUCUAUAUCAGUGUAUACUUAUGAUUUUGACAUUUAUUUAGGUUAAACUGAAAAUGUAUCUGCUUUAAGUCUAGCUUAUGGGGUUUUUAUGAAGUUAGUAUCUUCCCUUAUCUUUCAUACUGUUUGCGUCAUUUCCUCAACCAAGGGUAUUGUUUAUAUUUUGACAGUUUUUUAAUUACAGCUUUGUUUUGCUGAGUUAAAGAAAUUUUGACUAUAAUUAAUCAUUUAGAAAAAGCUUUCCACCUGAAUUAAAAAAAUAUAAAACAAUGGAAAAAGACCAGCUAGAGAGUUGAUAUGAGGGUGGGUCCUCAUGUCCCUAAGUCUUUGGACCGUUGGGGCGCCACAGAUGACAUGUGAACCAUUUUCCUCCAUUCCUCUCUGUCUUCAGCACUAUGCACUGCAUCGCCCAGUGUUAGUCCUGUCCACUCUUUGAUGCUAUCCUCCCACCUUUUUCUUUGUCUUCCUCUUCUUCUUCCUCCUCUUGUGGUGCUCUGAAAUAUUUCUUUGGCAAGCCCUUGUUGCCUUGUUACGUGGCCAUACCAUUGUAAUUUGCAUUUUUUCACAGUCACCAGUAGGUCAUCGUACUCCCCAAUUGCCUGACAAACCCUUUCUUUCACUGUAUCAUUGGAGAUAUGGUCCCUAUAGCAGAUGCCAAAAAUGCUUCUGAAGCAUCUCAUCUCCAUCGCCUUUAUUUUCCUUUCAAGAUCGGCUGUUAAUGUCCAGGAUUCGCAGGCAUACAGGAAAAUGGAGAGGACUAAUGAGCGCAUCAGCCUGAUUUUGGUGCUGGGGGCUAUAUUUUUGUCAUUCCAUAUUUUCUUGAGCUUUUUUAGUGCUGUUGUAGUCUGCGCUAUCCUGGACAUCAGUUCGGGCUUGGAGCCUUCUUCUGAGACUAUUGCUCCUAGGUAUUUGAAGCGGCCGACAGUCUCUAAUCUUUCCUCCCCGACCUUAAUGUCAGUGGUGAUGUCUGCGGUAUUAUUUGUCAUCAGUUUUGUCUUUUUGGCACUUAUUAGCAUGCCGUUGGAUGACAAGGUCUUAUCGAGAUGCUUUACCAGGUCGGCUAGCUCUUCUUCCUUCCCAGCCAGCACGUCUAUGUUGUCCGCAAAGCGUAGGUUGGUGAUUGUUCUGCCACCAAUGCUGACUUUUCCUUCAUGCGCUUCCAGAGCAUCUGACAUAAUUCUCUCUAGGAAGAUGUUGAAUAGGGUGGGGGAGAACAGGCAGCCUUGUCGUAUGCCAACCGUGGUCUUGAACCAUUCUCCGAUGUUGUUGUUGAGGAAGACUGCACUGGUGGCCUUAUCAUAGAGGUUGCAUAUCAUGCUGGUUAGGUAGGAAGGAAGAAACUCUACGAAUGCAGUGGAUGAAAAAUAAAACAGUAUCAUGAGUUUCUUCAAUUCAUAAGGCUAUUGAAUAUAAUAUUGUAUAUAGGAGAAAUAUAAUCAGAGGAGUAUUUGAAACGUUAGAAGUAAAGCAACCAGUUAUAGUAGGGGAUUAGAAUAUUAGUAUGUGAGGGUUAGAUAAGAGUGAUCAUCUUUUAAAUAAAUCCUUUUUUUUUUAAAUUUUUAUUUGAAUGAAACAUUUUCAUUUAUUAUUUGAUAUAAAAGAAGACUAAUAAGUGGUGGAAAACUUUAUUUUUUUUCAUUUCAUUGACAUUGCUAGGGUCAAUAGUAAUAUUUUAUUUCAAGACUAGAGAAAGCAAAACCAAAUCUUGAAAGUUUAAAAAGGUCUCAGUCAUUUUGUCACUAUAUGUAACAGUUGAGACAAUCAGACAGUUGGGAAACAUAGAUGACUUUGGUCCAGUUCCUAGCUCAAUAAAACCGAAGACUGUAAAAAAUAUUUCAAUAUUUUGCGAACAAUAGUUCUUUCCAGUAAGAACAAAAUUGUAAAUGCUAUGCUCUUUAUAAAAUAGAGAGAAGAGCAGGUUUAAUGGCAAUGGUUUUGUUUUCACGACAGAAAUUGUCUGCUUUUUCUUUUAUAUAACAAAUAUUAAUUUAAAGUGUCUUAUUGAAAUGAAGAUUUUUUGGAAAUAUAAUUUAUAAUAAUGAUACUGUUAGAUCAAGUUGUUUUUUUUUACAUGCUGACAGCUAUAGUUUUAUUAACAAUAAAAUUCCCAUGUUUAAAUUAGAAAUUUUGUAAAGAAAGUUAAAAUGUCUCUUUUUUAAAAAAUUGUCUAAUAAUCUGAAAUUCAAACUUAAAGAAAUGGUAACAGUUGAUGUGUAUAAUAAAGAUUUUAAGUUUGUAACAAACACUUUUCUUUCUUCUUUCAAACAGUUUGUGUCAUGUUGUGAUUUUCAUUGAAAUUUGUGGGUAAAAAAAACUCAAUCAAAUAACAAUCUUUUCUAAAAAAAAAAAAAAUUAUAUAAAUUUUAUAUCAAUAGAAAGAUCAUUCAAAUGUACAUGCUAUAGAAGUCACUUUGUUAAUGUCCUUCAUUUAAAAAAAUUUUAAUUACUUACGGUACCGUAUCUAAACCCAGUACAAAAAACGGGGAAAAUCAAGAAUAUUUGAGGUAUAUAAGCUGAGAAUUUGAUGCAUUCUUCUGAGAUUUUUGAAUCAUGGUGUCAUAAAAUUAAUUACAUGGAUGUCACAUGACACAGCCAAGGGCCUUACACGAGCAAAAUGGAAUUUAGCUUAAAUGAUUAUCCAUGACCAACCAACUGGAUUCUCUAAGGCUUCUCCAAAUAAAAAUGUUUUUUAAAAGAAAUUGUAUUUUUAUUUAUUAACUGUGCCAUUUAACUUUUUUUUUUUCCAUCAGGAAAAACUUGAAAGAAAAGAAGACGUGAAGGAGACACCAGAAAACAAUGAACAUCUUAAAAGGGACCUGACAUCAAAUACAGAAAUUCACAGUGACAACGAGAAAUUCUCAGAAUAUGAAAGAAGUCUAAAUGGUGACUCUUGUGAUCAGGCAGCAAAAAAGUCUGGAGCCUUAGAGUGGACUUUGCUAGCUUUAAAAAUAUUUUUGUGGGUGUGUUUAUGGGGUUUGUUCAUAGAACUUCAGUUUGGUGCUGUGUUUUUUACACUGUCACUUCUCAUAUUUACUUAUUUUAACACCAGGACUGGCCCUAAAGAUAACAAACCGAGUGCAUAUUCUGUAUUUAACAAAGAUUGUGAAAGAAUUCAUGGAACAUUAACCGCAGAGCAGCUACAGAAACAAAUGUUUAGUGUGCCAGGUCUUCCAUCAUAAAAGAAAACAAUUUGUCAUGUGAUAUCUUUUGAGAAUAUUUUUAAAUGUGUUAAUAUGGACUUACGUAUUUAUUAUUUUUAAUUCUUGAUCUUUGAACCCCUAAAACCCAAUGUUGGUUUUAACUUAAACUUAAAGAAAACAUAAAAAUGUGAUAAAAUCAAUGUUAAUUUUCAUGAAGCUUUUAUUUAAGUAAUUUAAUUAUUUAAAAAAACAAAGAGACGAUUUUUGAUAUUUUAUUUUGAUCCCAAACUUUAUUAAAAAUAAAGAUUUACAAGUUACAGCAUAUAACAACUUCUUUUAUAAAUACAGUUUAAAUAGUCUUUUAUUAAUAAUAAUAAUAAUUAAAAUCGAUACUAUUUAAGUGAUUGGUUAGGGCAUUAGUGACACUUGAGCAAAGUGUAAAUCUAGUAUGCCCCAUACAAGGAUCAAAUAAAUGUCUGCCUCAAAGUCAUGUACAGUAUGAUAAGAAAUAGAAACAGAUAAAACUUACAUGUAGCAUGCUUGCUUUAUUGAAUUUAUUAAUGUGAAAUGCAAUGUUCUUCACUCAAUUCCUACUAAGUUUUAAUCUGCUUUUGAGCUGCAUUAUAUUCCACUGCAUGAAAGAAAUAGUGCCUUCAGAAACACAACCAAUAACUUUGAAACUUAUAAAUUUGUAGUCAUGACGAAAAUAUUAAAGGACAAAAUGUAAUAAAGGCAAGAUGAAAAUUCAUGAAAUAUCAUCUAGUUACCAGUGACUCAAAUGUAUUUAUUAAAUUAACGUUACACUACUCUUCAAAACAAAAUAAAAACUGCUAAACUGCUUAUCAACAAAAUUGUGUGAGCCAGUUUCAAAAGCCAGUUUAUAUUUACUCACAGUAGGCAAAGAGUUAAUAUGAAUUAGCAAAAAUUAAUGUGGAAGUCUCCGAAAUUAACUGAAAUUUGUGGAUAUGGAAAUACAAUUCUUUCAGAUUACUAGAGAAAAGGCUUUGAUUAAAUAAUUUGAAAAAGCAACUUAAGAGGGUUUUUUUUAUUCAUUAUGAAAAAUAUUCAGUUUUAAUUUGUUUAAUUCUUACACUUACACCAAACUAGCCAGUGUUGAUUUAAAUAAAGUUAGUAUAUUUUUUUUUUAAAAUCUGUAAUAAUUAGUUAUUUUUAUUCCAAAAUACAACACAAUUUUUAGCUUAAUUCAUUUUCCUGAUGGAAAGUUGUUUUUUUUCUGUAGCAAAGCUCUAUCACUACUAUCAAUCAACAGUGUUACAAAUACAAAUAAAUAAUAAUAAUAAUAAAGUUCAUUUCAAAAACACGCUUCAUCCCCAAAGGCUCGAAGCGCGGUACAAAGUCAACAAAAAAACAAAUCUAUAAUUUACCAUAUUUAAAACAAACGCAACACUGCAAA